AUGACACUGGUGUCAGUACAUUCAAUGACACUGGUGCCAGUACACUCAAUAUACAGUACACUCAAUGGCACUGGUGUCAGUACACUCAAUGAAACUGGUGUCAGAACAUUCAAUGACACUGGUGUCAGUACACUCAAUGACACUGGUGUCAGUACAUUCAAUGACACUGGUGUCAGUACAUUCAAUGACACUGGUGUCAGUACACUCAAUGGCACUGGUGUCAGUACAUUCAAUGACACUGGUGUCAGUACACUCAAUGACACUGGUGUCAGUACACUCAAUGGCACUGGUGUCAGUACACUCAAUGGCACUGGUGUCAGUACACUCAAUGGCACUGGUGUCAGUACACUCAAUGGCACUGGUGUCAGUACACUCAAUGACACUGGUGUCAGUACACUCAAUGGCACUGGUGUCAGUACACUCAAUGGCACUGGUGUCAGUACACUCAAUGGCACUGGUGUCAGUACACUCAAUGACACUGGUGUCAGUACACUCAAUGACACUGGUGUCAGUACACUCAAUGGCACUGGUGUCAGUACACUCAAUGACACUGGUGUCAGUACACUCAAUGGCACUGGUGUCAGUACACUCAAUGACACUGGUGUCAGUACACUCAAUGACACUGGUGUCAGUACAUUCAAUGGCACUGGUGUCAGUACACUCAAUGGCACUGGUGUCAGUACACUCAAUGACACUGGUGUCAGUACACUCAAUGGUACUGGUGUCAGUACAUUCAAUGACACUGGUGUCAGUACACUCAAUGACACUGGUGUCAGUACAUUCAAUGACACUGGUGUCAGUACACUCAAUGACACUGGUGUCAGUACACUCAAUGACACUGGUGUCAGUACAUUCAAUGACACUGGUGUCAGUACACUCAAUGGCACUGGUGUCAGUACACUCAAUGACACUGGUGUCAGUACACUAAAUGACACUGGUGUCAGUACACUCAAUGGCACUGGUGUCAGUACACUCAAUGACACUGGUGUCAGUACACUCAAUGACACUGGUGUCAGUACACUCAAUGACACUGGUGUCAGUACAUUCAAUGACACUGGUGUUAGUACAUUCAAUGACACUGGUGUCAGUAUAUCAAUGGUACAGUACACUCAAUGGCACUGGUGUCAGUACAUUCAAUGA